GGGAGCCGGGGGCGAGGUCCGCCCCGACAAGGGGCGUGUGGCCCGGGCCGCUGGCUAGCAAGCGGCCCGCCCGUAGGGGAGGGCAGAAAGUUCGGGUCCCCGACCGACUGACUCGAGAGCCCGCGCGGCUAGCAGCGGGAGGCGGCGGCGGCCGGCAGAGGCGCGGCCGGGGCAUGGACAGCGCGGCCGCCGCCUUCGCCUUGGACCCGCCAGCGCCCGGCCCGGGGCCCCCGCCAGCACCCGGUGACUGCGGCCAGGCGCGCAAGAACUUCUCGGUGAGCCACCUCCUGGACCUGGAGGAGGUGGCGGCUGCGGGGCGCAGGGCUGCGGGGCCCGUGCCGGGGCCCGAGGCGCGGGAGGGAGCGGCGCGCGAACCGUCCGGGGGCAGCAGCGGCAGCGAGGCGGCGCCGCAGGACGGUGACUGUCCCAGCCCCGGCCGUGGCAGUACCACCAAACGAAAGAAGAAGCAGCGUCGGAAUCGAACCACAUUCAACAGCAGCCAGCUACAGGCACUGGAGCGUGUCUUUGAGCGCACACACUACCCUGACGCCUUUGUGCGUGAAGAGCUAGCUCGUCGUGUCAACCUCAGUGAGGCACGUGUCCAAGUCUGGUUCCAGAACCGCCGUGCCAAGUUUCGCCGGAAUGAACGCGCCAUGCUAGCUACCCGCUCUGCCUCGCUGCUCAAGUCUUAUGGCCAGGAGGCAGCCAUUGAGCAGCCUGUGGCCCCUCGACCUACCACACUGAACCCAGAUUAUCUAUCCUGGCCAGCAUCAUCCCCCUACAGCUCCGCGCCUCCCUACAGCCCUGGAGGUUCAAGUCCUGCAACUCCGGGAGUCAGCAUGGCCAACAGCAUCGCCAGCCUUCGCCUCAAGGCCAAAGAGUUCAGCCUACACCACAGCCAGGUGCCCACAGUGAACUGACAGUAUGUGUUGGCCCCAGCUCCUCCCUGGCCCAAUGGCAGACUGCAGCAAAGGAAGUGACCUUGUCUGUCCCUGUCCUCAGACAGACUGCCAGCCUCUCCCGUGCCUUUUCUCCAUCACAACUUCCUGAGUUCCAGAGCCUGUUGGGUACUGAAAGCAGCAGUUGAACAGGUCACUGCUAUGGUGCCUGAGAUUGUUGGCCUAAGGCCCCUGGAGUGGCCUAGCCAGAAGGCGGAGCUGGAGUCCGCCAAGGAACUCACUUACUUAUGUAUUAAAACCAAAAAGCUUUUGUCUUUAAAGAAUAAAACCAUUUUUCUUAAGCUC